AUGGGAGGCGAAGAUCAAAAGUUUGAACGUCAUGCCUCAGUCACGCAACAACGUCGACUAGCGCCACAGUUCGAGCGCAACGCUUGGUUUGGGCCUCCGUCAGACACCAUCUAUGCCGGUGUCUCGAGCAAUUUUGAAAAUCAUCAGACGUCCACGAUAGCAAUCGCAAUCCGUGAUACCACGUACCUACUAGACUUCAUUGAGAAGCAGUUUACGGAUCGAGCAGGCGCAGAACAAGCCACUGAAUUCAUCCUAUCUGAGUUACAGGCCUAUUCUCAGCGGCAUAUGGAGAAAAUUGUAGGAAUAUCAAUGCCAAAACAUGUUGCAGAUCACUGCCCGCGUCUAUGCUCUCGUCUUUGGGCGGAGCUCGAUAUUGUCCCCUUAGUCAUGUCGAACGCAGCACUGGUGGACAGAAUAAGCGUUGGCCAAUCUAGCGAAGCUCGAGACCCAGCGGCUGAUGGAUGGGAUGUGAAAACCAUUGAUGAGCAGGCUGAGUCCAUGGCACGCAAGGGUGUUAGACUAUUUGGACCGGACAUCACUCCUCUCUUACAAGUGGGCUUCCUCGGUCUCGUGGAGGUGGACACAGCUUACCAUGUGCGGAUUGCGGACCUGAGUGAUUUCAAGACAACAGUCACGGACAGAACAUGGUCCGCCGUUCAGCACUAUGCGAGUGACCUGAAGAAGCGCAAAGUCAAAGUUGCAUUCUUCAGUUCCACCCCUCAAGGUGGGGGAGUGGCUUUGAUGCGGCAUGCUCUCCUACGAUUCUCACAUGCUCUAGGCACUGACAUCAAAUGGUACGUUCCGAAGCCACGACCGGGCGUUUUUCGGGCAACAAAGACAAUGCACAAUAUUCUGCAAGGUGUCGCUUAUGAACACGAGCGCUUAGCACCAGAGAACAAAAAGCUAUUACAGGAAUGGAUUGAGGAAAAUUCCAGGCGAUACUGGACGCGAACGGGCGGUCCUUUGCUUCCAUCAUCAGAGGGCGGUGCGGAUGUGGUGAUUAUCGACGAUCCCCAGAUGCCAGGUAUCAUUCCCAUUGCGAAACGAUUAGUCCCAGAUCGACCGGUCGUUUUUCGAAGCCAUAUCCAUAUCCGCUGUGAUUUAGUCGCAGUGCCUGGUUCCGCACAGGCGGAGGCAUGGGCCUUUCUAUGGGAUAACAUCAAAUAUGCCGAUUUGUUUAUUAGCCACCCCGUGAGCGCAUUUGUGCCACCAGACGUACCUCCACAGAUGGUGGGCUAUAUGCCUGCAUCAACUGACUGGCUGGAUGGGCUAAACAAGACCAUGCGAGACUGGGACAUUGCGCACUAUGGUCGUAUAUUCAACGCAGCUUGUCGUAAUGCGGACAUGCCAACCAUUCAAUACCCCGAGGACUCAUAUAUCAUCCAGAUUGCUCGAUUCGACCCAUCAAAGGGCAUUGUUGAUGUGUUGGUUUCAUACGAAAAGUUCUACAACAAAUUAGUAGCUGAAGCGCCUCACAUGAUCCCUCCCAAACUCAUAAUUUGUGGGCAUGGGUCGGUGGAUGAUCCUGAUGGCACCCGCAUCUACGAUGAAACAAUCGAAUACCUGGACGAAAAAGUCCCGGAUAUCCGCCACUUGAUCUGCGUGCUGCGGGUGCGGCCAGUAGAUCAAGUUCUAAACGCCCUUCUUUCCAAGGCGACCAUCUCACUACAACUAUCCACAUUCGAAGGCUUCGAAGUGAAAGUUUCCGAGGCAAUACAUAAAGGCAAACCCGUCAUCGCCACGCGUGCCGGCGGCAUUCCGCUGCAGAUCGAGAAUGGCAAAAAUGGAUUCUUGGUGGACGUUGGCGAUACCGAUGCCGUAGCACAGCAUUUGUUCGAGCUUUGGACAGACAACGAGAUGUACAACCACAUGUCGAAGUACGGAAUCACUCAUAUCAGUGACGAGGUGAGCACUGUGGGUAAUUCCCUCGACUGGCUCUAUCUCGCCGCCAAAUUGUCGCGUGGCGAACUCGUUCGGCCCAAUGGACAAUGGAUCGAUGAUAUGGCGUUUGAGGAGAUCGGUGUCCCCUUAGUAGGGGAUGAAUUGCGACUGACACGCGCAGUCAAGGUGGAACAUAUGGGCUAG